AACUAGGGAUUCCAUAUCUGCAGGAACUGAUCGGAAACAAAUUAACCGGCGAGAUCGCCGAUCGAUUUUUACUCCCGGAUCGGAGGAGAUCGAUGGAUUUCCGUUGCAUCGAAUGCGGAUUUCACAUCCGGAGCAAAAAAUCACUAUACGUGCAGUAUUCACCUGGAAAUAUUCGUCUUAUGAAGUGUGAGAGUUGUAGAGCAGUUGCUGAUGAGUACAUAGAGUGUGAGAUUAUGAUUCUUUUGAUUGACUUGAUUCUCCAUAAACCAAAGGCUUAUAGACACCUUCUCUACAACAAGCUGGAUCAACAAGCCUUGUUUUGGAAGGCUGGAAUCAGCUUUCUAGUUCUUGAUGCUUACAGGUUACUGAUCUUAAGUGGAAGAGAGGAGGGGGUUUCUGAUAUGUGGAUAAGCUUUCCUUCAUUAACAUAUCCCAAGAUGUUGAUGAAUCUCAUUUUUGGGAAUAUCGCUUUUCUUGUUACUGUACUUCUUUGGACAAGAUCUCUUCUCAAAGAUUUGAAUACAUUUUUAAGGUGUGAGCACAUUUUGCUGGCCAUCUUUCUCUCAAGCUAUUUCAAGAUCUUUCUCAUAGCUAUGAUGGUUUGGGAAUUCCCUCUUUCUGUACUACUCAUUAUUGACUUGUUUGUUCUUUCUUCCAAUACAGUUGCUUUCAAAGUAAUGACUGAAUUGCCACUUGAUAAAUGCAUAAUGGUUUGCUUCAGUGCACAUGCUAUAAAGUUCUUUGUAGGAUGGCUUAUAUAAGGUCGACUGUUCCAGCUUUCCUCAUCCUCUAACUUUGCUGGAGGAGCAAUCUUUGCGACAGAAUCCUUUGACUCGAGAACUUUACCCCAUAGAAGAACGUACAUACCCGCAAUUACAAGAAGGGAUCCUAGUACACUGUAGAAAAUUUGAUUGGUAAAACCGUCAAUGAGAGAUUAGAAGGAAGUGGAGGAUUAAAAAUUUAUGUUUGUGCUACUCUCACCAGCCGAGACGAAUUUCUCCAUGUAAGAAAGAUACGUCGAAUAUUGCGACAAUUACUUGUAUGAUUGGGCUAAACGCAACUGUGAAGACUGGACCUUUUUGCUUAACGCACCAUGUAAUUACUACGUAACAAAAACCCGAUCCCAUCAUCCCCUGUAUGAAUAAAAUCGAAAGUAGAAAAAAAUGAUUUAUUUCGA